AUGGAGGAGCUGGUAGAAGAUGACAUCUGUAUUUUGAACCAUGAGAAAGCAGACAGCGCUCACAAGAGGGACGGGGAGAUUCCUGUUCCCUCCUACAGCGGGGACGAGUCUGUUGCCUCACACUUUGCGCUUGUCACGGCGUAUGAAGAUAUCAAGAAACGACUAAAGGAGACAGAGAAGGAGAACUCUCUCUUAAAAAAAAGAGUGAGAAUUCUAGAGGAGAAGGUGCUGGGCUGGCGGCGGGAGGAGGAGAGCAGCGCGGUGGGGCGCCAGCAGGUGAACCGGGCGUACCACGCCUACCGGGAGGCCUGCAUAGACCGGGACAACCUGAAGAGCAAGCUGGAUAAAGUGGUGAAAGAAAGUGCAGAAUCCUUUAAAACCUUGAACGAGCAGUUGCAGUCUAAAGAAGUAGAGUUGUUACAGCUAAGAACCGAAGUGGAAACUCAGCAAGUGAUGAAAAAUCUGAGUUGUACUCAGUCCAGAUGGGAAAUAGAGAAGCUGAGCAGUGACCUGAAAGUGCAUAGUCUGGAACAGGAUCUAGAAAAGCUCAGGCAAGAGUGCAACAGUCUCAGAAUGGAGUUGCAAAAAUCCAAGCAGAAGGACCAUGCUCAAGAUGAAAAUCCAUUAAAUGGAGACCUGCUGCAAAGGCAAGACAUCCAGAG